AUGUCAGACAUCUCGAACUUCACAGGUAGAUUCCGCGUACAAGGUCCAGAAGGAGAUCGGGUGGUGAAGCGACCGCGCGCGACAUUGACAUGUGCACCAUGUCGUUCUGCGAAGCUGGGAUGCGACAAGAAGCAGCCAUGCAGUAGCUGUGUGAAGCGCGGUGAUGUUGCGCGAUGCGUUUACACUGGACGCAGCGAGCAGAAGGCCAAAGAUGACCAGAAUGUCGCGGAACAGAAACAGAAGCUGGCGCACUUGGAGGCAAUGGUGAUCGAGCUGAUGCAGGAGCAGAGAAAGAGCCUGCCCUCAGAAGGCCCUUCAAAUCUCGCUUUGAUUAAUGAUAGCAAUGACUCGGCGCCUCCUGUCAGACCAGUCGUAGCGCCGCAGAAUGGCUAUGCAGGUUCAACACAUUGGUCUGCGAUGCUUCGGGAUAUCCAGGAGCUGCGCGGUCUGCUAGACGAAGAUGGCGACGCUAACGCGUACGAAACCCCAGUCGACAGUCCGCCCGAAGAGGUCAUUCACGGGCUACCAAGAAUGUACUCAAUCGACCAGAUCAUCGACAACCACAUGCCUCCCAAAAAUGAUGUCGAGCGCCUGCUGUCCGUCUACUUCAACGGCGAGACUUUCAUCCUCCCCAUCCUACAUACUGGCUACUUUCAACGACAAUGCAACGAAUUUUGGAAGAGCCCCUCCGAGGUGCAGCCACUGUGGCUCUCAAUGUUGUUCUCGCUCUGCUUCAUGGCGGCCAGAGUAUCAGCCACAUCAGGCAGUACGAUCAUGCUCGCAAAUCCCCAAGCGCUUCAAGUGGCUGCCGGCGAGUGCCUUGUCCUCGGUCACUAUAAUCUAGCGCAGCAGCUUGCGCCAGAAGCCCUGCUUCUGUAUGCCCAAGCAAAGCACUUCCACAGCUUGGAUUCAUCCCCAGAGGUUGGCGCCAUCCUAGCCAUGAGCGUCCGGCACGCAUAUCGUCUGGGCUAUCACCGAGAUCCCGACGUUGUCGGCUCCUUCUCGCCUUUCGAAGGAGAAAUGAGACGUCGAUUUUGGGCAACAUGUAAGCAGAUGGAUCUCAUGCUGUCUUUUCAACUCGGUCUGCCCAGCAAUAUCAGGCUAGAACUGAGUGAUACGCAGUCACCAAGGAAUCUGCUGGAUUCGGACUUCGAUGAGAGCUCUGUGAGUCUGCCUCCAUCUCGGCCAGAGUCUGAGCUACGCGCUUCCUGUGGUUCAUUGUCAAGGAUAGAUUCAUACCCACCUUCAGCAGAAAUGCACGCCAAGGUCCCGCAGGUCCUCCGAGUGAGACCGUUUGCGGAAUCUGCAGUCGAUUCUCCAUUCCUUGUGAUGACCAGAUUAUAUGUCGAGUUGACUUACCUCAAGAAUCUGUGCGUCCUUCAUCGGCCUUACAUGCCAGAGGGACGCAAAAAGAGCAUUACCUCCGGGGCUGAAGCUGCUCGAGCAGUGAUGAAUUUGAUAUUCGGCAUGUACGCCGAGUUCGCACCGGGAGGGCAGUUGGAGAGCACCAAGUGGAUGUUGAAUUGCUUCACAGUCAACGACUUCCUUUUCGGAAUCACGACCGCGUGUUUGGCUGUAUACAGCAUAAGGCAAGACGCGAAAGCCUUGCCUCAAGAACUGCUCUGGAGCAAGAGCUCGAGUCAGGACGCGAAGAAGGUCGCUCACGCCAUCGGCCUCGUACUCAAUGGCUUGGGGUCAGGUUCCAAUCUAUCUCCUUCGCGCACACCGAUGCGGGCUUCAGCGACAUUCCCAGUUGCACAGCCUGAUUUUGCGCUGCCACUGACUGCUGCAACCGGUAUACCUGGUCAGUAUGAUCCCUUCGACUUCAUUAACAAUCCUAUCGGUGAUGCGGAGUGGGCUGCCAUGUGUGCAGAGUACGGCCUGGUAAACGGCGACAACACUUUGCUGCCCAAUCCUUUCUGA